ACCGCCUCCGACGAUCGAGCCGCCGCCGGAGGAGACCGGGAACCCGCUCAAGGACGGCCUGGCCCUCAAGGCCUGGGGGAAGGCGAACUCCAUCACGCUGAAGGAAUACAAGCGGCGACGAGAGGCGCCGGCCGCGCCCGCGGAACCGCCUCCUCCGAAGAUCGAGCCGCCGCCCGCGGAGACCGGGAACCCGCUGAAAGACGGCCUCGCGCUCAAGGCCUGGGAGAAGGCGAACUCCAUCACGCUGAAGGAAUACAAGCGACGACAAGAGGCGCCGGCCGCGCCCGCGGAACCGCCUCCGACGAUCGAGCCGCCGCCGGAGGAGACCGGGAACCCGCUCAAGGACGGCCUCGCGCUCAAGGCCUGGGAGAAGGCGAACUCGACUACGCUGAAGGAAUACAAGCGACGACAGGAGGCGCCGACGUCCGUCGAGGCGGAGAGCCCCGGCAAGAAGUCCGUCGCGUUCGGAGGCGAGAGCCCCGGCAAGAGGUCGGUCAAGUUCGGCGGCGGCGGGGCGAGCCCCGGCCGGAGCCCCGGCAAGAGCCCCCGCAAGAGCGUGGCGGCGUCCAUGCUGCGGGCCGCGCGCCAGUCCAUCGGGAGCGCGUUCGCCUCGACGGCCGCGGCCGCGGCCGGCGCGUCGCCGCCGCCGCCGCGGCGCAAGUCGUCGCUCCUCGAGCGGACCGCGAGCCUGCUCCGGGGCAACGCGACGCCCGGCGGCGACCCGGGCGUCGACGGCGAGCUGCGGCGCGUGCUCGAGGACCAGCUCAUGCCCGGCGACCAGAUAUCCGCGAUGCUCGCGAGCCUGAGCCCGGACAAGAAGCGGCAGAUGAUCGCCAUGCACACGGCCAUGGCCUCGUUGGCGACGCCCUACGGCGCCGCCGACGAGGCCCUGCUGAAGCAGAUCCGCGACGCGGACCUCGUGAGCCGCGACUACGCGAACGCGACGAUCACGGGACGGGCGUUCCGCGACGCGGCGCAGUACCGGGGCGACGGCGGGCCCGACGCCGUCGUCGCCGCGCACCUGCAGACGCUCUACGCGGCCGCGCGCACGGCGAACCGGAGCUGGCUCGACGGGUUUGUCGGCGCGGGCGGCGUGGAACUGCUGACGGGCGUCGCGCGGCGGCGGCUCGAGCGGGACGUCGUCUCGGCGGCGGACGCGGCCGUGGCCGCGGCGGCGCUGCGCAUCUUCCGGGCCAUGGUGAACACGGCCGCGGGGCUCGGGGCGCUCGUGGCGACGGCGGGCUGCCUGGACGCGCUCGCGUCGUGCCUCGUGUCCGGCGGGCGGCCGCUCGCGAACACGGGCCUGAGGCCCGCGGCGCUGGAGAUCCUGAGCGUCGUCGCCUGGGCGUCCGACGACGCGCCGCCCUGCCUCGUCGACGCGCUGUGCCGCCGGUCCGCGCUGCUCUGCGAGCGGCCCUUCGAGUGGGCGCGGCGCGCGCUCGCGUGCGGGUCCUUGGCGACGCGGAGCUACGCGAUGACGCUCUGCAACCAGCUCGUCAUGCGCACGGCGGACCGGCGGAGCCGGCGGGCGUUGCGCGACGCCAUGAGACGCGCGGGCGUCGAGGACGCGGCGGCGAAGGCGCUGGACCGCGCCGCGGCCGCGUUCGGCGGCGACGAGAGCGGCGACGACGACGGCUACGACGAGGACCUCGCGGGCUGGCUGCCGCUGGACGCGGCGGGCGGCGUCGAGCCGCUCAAGGGCCGCAUGCGCGGCGAGCUGCGGGCGACGAAGCGGCUCGACGCGGCGCGCGCGGCGCUCCUCGCGCUGUUGGGCUCGGACCGCGGCGUGAAGUCGCGGUCCUACUGUCUCGACGCGGGCCUGCUGACCUGGGAGGGCGGCCGGACCGUCGACGAGUCCAAGUUCGUGCGCAUCGACGACGUCCAGGCCGUGCGCUCCUGCAGCGACAACGCGGGCAUCAACGCGGUCGACAUCUUCUUCGCCGUCAAGGACGCCGACGCGGGCGACGAGGACGUGAAGAACGACGUGCUGGACGCGCUGCUCAAGCUGCCCGGCGACCAGUGGCGCGGCGCGCUCGCGAACAUCCAGGCCUACGAGGGGCCCGACGCCGACGGCGCGCCGCGGAGCCCCCGGAGCCCCGUCGUCGCGACGGCCGUCGUCGACACGCUCGACGCGGCGUCGCAGACGGAUCCCGUGGCAAUCGGGGGCGCAGCGCCCGCGGCGGCGGCGCCCGCGGCGGCGGCGCCCGCAGCGCCCGCGGCGACGCCCGCGGCCGGCGGCGGCGGCGGCGAAGCGUCGGGCCCGCCCGUCGGAGAGGACCCGAAAUACAAAAAAUACUUCAAGAUGCUGGCGAUGCAUCUCCCGCGCGGCGCCGUGGAGCAGAAAAUGGUGGCCGAGGGCGUCGACGUGAAGAUCUUGGACCUCGAUCCCACGAAGCCCAUGCCCGGAGCCGGCGGCGAGGCGUCGGGUCCGCCCGUCGGAGAAGAUCCAAAGUACAAAAAAUACUUCAAGAUGCUCGCGAUGCAUCUCCCGCGCGGCGCCGUGGAGCAGAAGAUGAUGGCCGAGGGCGUCGACGUGAAGAUCUUGGACCUCGAUCCCACGAAACCCAUGCCCGGAGCCGGCGGCGGCGAGGCGGCGGGUCCGCCCGUCGGAGAGGACCCGAAAUACAAAAAAUACUUCAAGAUGCUCGCCAUGCAUCUCCCGCGCGGCGCCGUGGAGCAGAAGAUGAUGGCCGAGGGCGUCGACGUGAAGAUCUUGGACCUCGAUCCCACGAAACCCAUGCCCGGAGCCGGCGGCGGCGAGCCGAGCGGCCCGCCGGUCGGCGACGACCCGCGCUAUAAAAAAUACUUCAAGAUGCUGGCGAUGCAUCUCCCGCGCGGCGCCGUCGAGCAGAAGAUGAUCGCCGAGGGUAUGGACCCGAAGAUCCUGGACCUCGACCCGACGACGCCCGCGCCCGCGGCCGCGGCGCCCUCGGGCCCGCCCGUCGGAGAAGAUCCCAAAUACGCGAAAUACUUCAAGAUGCUCAAGAUGCACCUGCCCCGCGGCGCCGUCGAGCAGAAGAUGAUCGCCGAGGGCAUGGACCCGAAGAUCCUGGACCUCGACCCGACGAAGCCCGCGCCCGCGGCCGCGGCGCCCUCGGGCCCGCCCGUCGGAGAAGAUCCCAAAUACGCGAAAUACUUCAAGAUGCUCAAGAUGCACCUGCCCCGCGGCGCCGUCGAGCAGAAGAUGAUCGCCGAGGGUAUGGACCCGAAGAUCCUGGACCUCGACCCGACGAAGCCCGCGCCCGCGCCCGCGGCGCCCUCGGGCCCGCCCGUCGGAGAAGAUCCCAAAUACGCGAAAUACUUCAAGAUGCUCAAGAUGCACCUGCCCCGCGGCGCCGUCGAGCAGAAGAUGAUCGCCGAGGGCAUGGACCCGAAGGUCCUGGACCUCGACCCGACGAAGCCCGCGCCCGCGGCCGCCGCCGGAGGCGGCGCGAAGAGCGUCGUGAAACGGGGCCUCGCGGCGAAGAAGGCCGCGCGGAAGCUCAAGCUCAAGGCCCUCUUCUGGACGAAGCUCGGCGGCGACGACGCGGCGGGCACGGUCUGGGGCGACUUCCCGAAGGAGGCGGCGACGGGCGCGCCGACCGUCGCGGCCAUCGAGCGCCUGUUCGGGAAGAAGCCCGCGGAGAAGAAAGAAACCGCCGGCGAGGAGAAGAAGAGCAAGGGCGUCCAGCUCGUCGACGGCAAGCGGAACCAGAACGUGCUCAUCGGCCUCGGCCGCGUGAAGCUGAGCCACGCGGGCAUCCGCGACGCGAUCGUCGGUUUAGAUUUCACAGCGUUGCCGCAGCUCGAGACCGCGGGCGGCGUCGAGGUGUUCCUGACGCUCGUGCCGGAGCCCGAGGAGGUCGCCGAGGUCGGGCGCUACAUCCAGGGCUUCGGGGACAAGGCCGCGGCGCUCGCGUCCCUCGCGCCCGUGGAGCACUUCUUCGCGGUCGUCGGCGCGGCCCCGCGGCUCCGACCCCGCUUGGCCGCGCUCCUGGACUUGUGGCGCUUCGAGGAGGCCUGCGACGCCGUCGCGGCCAAGGUCGCCGCCGUCGCCGCCGGCGCCAAGCAGAUGCGGGCCGCCGGCGACGCGAAGAGCCGGCUCUGCGCGGCGCUCCGGGUCGCGGUGGCCGUCGGCAACGUGCUCAACCGCGACACCGCGCGCGGCGACGCGCGGGGCUUCCGGCCGGACAUGCUGCCGAAGCUGGCGACGAUCAAAUGCAACGACCCGAAGGACGGCACGCUCGUCGACGUCAUCACGAACGCGCUCGACGAGGCGUCGGUCGUCGGUCUCGAGAGGGACCUCGACGCGGUGCCGUCCGCCGCGGCCGUCGACGGCAAGGAGCUCGACGGCGACCUCAAGGCCCUCGAGAAGACGCUGAGCAAGAGCAUCGAGGUCGAGCUCAAGGCCGCCGAGGCGGCGAGCGACGCGGGCGCGAAGCCCUUCGCGAAACUCGUGAAGCCGCUCGGCGCGGCCGCGCGAAAACGGUGCGACGCGACGGCCGCGGAUCUGGCCAAGGCCGUCGCGGCGUCGAAGGCCGCCAUGGCCCGCUUCGGCGCCGUCCCGCCCGCCGACGGCGCGGACCCGUCGAAGGCGUUCUACGCGAACUUCCGAGACUUCGCCGCGGACGUCAACGCCGCGCACCUCCGCGCCGUGUCGCGGCGCGAGAAGGCGGCCAAGGACGAGGCCAAGGCCGCCGCGAAGCGCGACCGCGCGGCGAAGAAGGGCGGCGCGCCGAGCCCGCCGGCGUCGCCGGCGGGCGGCGACCUCCAGGCGGACCUCCGGAACGCGCUCAGGGCGCCGCGCCUCAGGAAGGCGAAGCCCCGGCCGCCGCCGGGCGCCGGCGCGAAGCCCACCUGGCAGCAGAAGGCGACGGCGUCCGCCGCGCCCAAGGACGACAUCCUCGCCGCCUUCAAGCAGCGCCAGGACAUGUCCGCCGCGGACAUCGUCAAGGACUGGGUGCGCUUCGUCAAGGAAAGCCACCGCUGCUACUUCAAGAAGGAGUUCGACGACAUCGACGCGACGAGCGAGUUCUGGUUCCUCCAGAAGGCCUGGUCCGACCGGAGCGACACGGACGGCGAGCAAUCCGUCGCGGACAUCGCCGGCGACGUCGCCAAGGCCGACAUCGCCGUGAUCAACAGCGGAUGGUGGGACCUCAAGGAGGACGACGACGCGGACCGCUACUGCGGCGACGACUUCGGCAAGGACGACUGCGAGAAGGACUACAAGGCGUCCCUGGAGAAGCUCGUCGACAACAUCCUCUCGAAGGUCGACGUGCCGCUCUUCCGCGAGACCUCGUGCUGCGGCGAGGACGACGGCGAGAAGUGGAUCGACGCCAUCGAGGACGCGAACGACGCCGCCAAAGAAGUCAUGGGCGCCGCGGGCGUCGGCGUCGUGGAGAUCUACGACAACUACGACUCCAAGGACAUCGACGACCACACGACGGACGGCAAACACCCGGACCCCGACGCGUGCCGCCGCUGGUUCGACGAAAUCCUCCCCAUGAUCGACGCCAAGCAGGGUUCGGGCUGCUUCGGCGCGACGACGACGACGGCGGCGACGUCGGCCCCGAACUGCCCCGCGCUCACGAAAAAGGCUUGCAAGAAGAAGAAGAAGAAGGCUUACUGCAAGUGGAAGUCCAAAGCGUGCCAGACCAAGUCAUGCGCGUCUUUCUCCACCAAGAAGAAGUGCAAGAAGAACGCGUCGUGCCGCUGGCGGAAGAAGGCCGAGAAGUGCAAGUCCAAAGCCUAGAUGGCUCCUAAGCCGACCCGCCGUCGGUUGUGCGACCCUCAACUACUGUAGCACAAGGUCCAAGAGCUCCUGAGCCGGCUGACCGUAGCAGCUAUCGAUGCCUAACCCGCCUAAGACAUGGCUACCUUGG